GUGCUAAUUUGGGAGCCUCUGGGCCCUGACCUUACUGGAUGCCAGAAGCAGAAACAUGAGGCUCUGGAGCUUCCUCUUGGUGGCUCUCCUGGCUUUGGGGACUCAGCUGCCUGCUGCCUCUGGCCGCGAGAAGGGGGAGAAGUGGGGGGGCUGCCCGCCAGACGAUGAGCCCUGCCUCCUGUCGGUGCCUGACCAGUGCAUGAACGACCGCCAGUGUCCCUCAAGCCUGAAGUGCUGCUACCGAGCUUGCUUCCGCCAGUGUGUCCCCAGGGUCUCAGUGAAGCUGGGGAGCUGCCCCCAGGACCGCCUGCGCUGCCUCAGCCCCACGAAGCACGUGUGCAGCCAAGACUCGGACUGCUCAGGCAAGAAGCGGUGCUGCCGCAGCGCCUGUGGCCGGGACUGCAGGGACCCCGCCAGAGGCUAACUCUGGUUGAAGACCCCCAGUUCUGCCACUCAGGUGGGGUUCCCAGGGACGCUGGCACCCACAGCAGUUCCAGUCUUCUGAUUAACACUGACCUGCAACCGAGGAACUCUGGUUUGUCCUCCUGGAUGUCAAGGUCCACCGCCUGAAGCUACAGAUGGGCCUCUUCACUUCCUCAGCACCCAGGGCCACCACCACCCGAGCGUCCCCACUCCUGAGUGUCCAUUCUCAUGUCUCCAUGCAUUCUGUUUCCUCCACCAAAUCACCCAAUCAGGCAGGCCUCUGUGGGGCCCUGCGCUACAGAUGUAGGUCCUAGCAGAAUUUUCCUAAUGUUGGUUCAUUCAUAUACCCUUUCCCAAUUUUUGCCAUACCUGCAAACUAGCAAGGUGAUGUGUCACAUGCUGCCUGUACUAGGUACCUAAUGCUUUCUUUAAAGGACUCACUUUUGUACAUAACUAAAUUUAUUUCAAGAGAAAACUCGAUAUCACAGUUCUAAAUGAGAUACGCAAGCUCGCUGGCCACAGAUAGAAUGUAAUCGUGAAAACAAAUACAACGAAAAUAGUUCAGUUCCAUUAAAUUAAAUCAUGUCCAAUAAAUAAGAUGAUUAAACCCUAGCUAGACACGGCCACCCGCCAAGACGGAACCUGAAGCCUGCUCCCUGUCUCUGUUUUAAUAAAUGGAGAUUAGCAAGGGUUAAAGAGAUGUCAAAGACACAGAGCUCUAAACUGAGAUGGCUCCCUGGUGUGACCAGAAUCGAAAAGAGCACAACUCUCACUCCAGAAGUCAAUGUUGUGCAAUGUUGUGUCCAAGUGCUCAUUAAGAUCCUUUAGGAUUGCCCCGCGUGUAGGGGAGGGUUGCUGGAGUAGCUGGGAGGCUAUCUUUAUGGGGGGGCCUGUCUCCACCACCGGGCUGGGUUCCCCUAGGGCUGGUCUGUAGUCAGGGCCUGCUGAGGGUUUCUUGUGACUUCAGUGAGGGGAUGACAAGAAAUGUCCCUGAACCCAGACUUCUGACUCUCCCCUCCCCAGGACUUGCCUGGAAGGGACAGAGGCAGGACACUCCGACUUUCUCUGUGGGGCCUCCUGAGUCCCGCUAGACUCAGGGGUUGGGGGGUCAACUGAGGAGGUGAACCUGGGAAUCCUGGGCCUUCUUUUCCUGUUCUCUUGCCGGAGGUGGACCCCAGGUGAGCGUCCCACCCCUCGGGGCUUCUGUUUGCGCUGCGAGAGGACUGCGCUCCCUCAUUGCCGCCAUCCUUCUCCAGGGCCUGCACUGGGGACUCUAGGAUGCAGAGUGAGGCCUGGGGAGGAGGAGGGAGAGCUCUGGAGUCGUCCAUUCUGUGCGACCGCAGAUAUUUCUCCACCUCUUCUGAGCCUCAUGUCCCCCAUCAGUGACCUGGGGAGUUAACGCGGAUAACAGCUUGCCCACAAUCGCCCCUUCCCUCCCCAUGGCUCCCUGUCCCAGCGAUUUGGAGAUUGAAUAGGAACGUGUUUGCCUAAAGGGAUGGGGUGGAAAUGGCAGCCCCCCAGUUUCAGGAUGAGGCACUGACCCUCUUAGAGUGUCCACUCUCUGCCAUGAGAAGAGCUUACCCAGAAACCAUGGGUCUCAACACCAGAGCCGCACGGGCAGGCCUGAAGCUGAGCUGAAGGUGAAAUGGACUCUCUGGACAGUAGGGAACCAGGCCUGUUGGCACACGGCUUAUCACCCUACUUUCUUUCCUGAAGGUCAUGGAGAAGCACAUUCAGGGGCCCCAGCAGGAACCUUCCAGGUGAACUAGUUAAGAGUUGGCUGCUAAGGCCCCAGGACUGUCCUGUGGCCCUGAGUUCUGACUGGGGAGUGGCAGGAAGUGACAAGUCCCAGGUUGCAGCUUCUCUGGGUAGAUGGGGGGCAUCCUCACAGUUCACCUACUUGGCUUCCUGGCUAACACUGCCUGUUCCAUCAGGCCCAUGUCUUGGUCUAUGCAAUGGCAAUUUUGUCCUCGGCUACCAAAGCUCCACUCCUUUGGCUCCAAAUCCACCAUCUCCACUGUCCUUUUGGGGAAUCUCCUGGGAAGCUGCACAUCCUGGUUCCAACCUUUCUUUCCUCCCUCCCUCAUUCAAUUACUGUUUGUUGAGCACCUAAUACAGGCUCCAGCUUCCAGGUGAGAGGAAGCCUGGGCUAGGGCGCUGCUUGACUUCACCAGACCAAGACACUGAGGAGGCUACAGAACCCGGGAGGGGCCUAACUCAGUCCGGAAACCACAGGAAGCUUCCUAAGGGAGAGAGGAUGGUCUACCAAAAAAAUCAGACUCUUCUCUAGUGAAGCCACUAUGAAUCCAUCUCUGUUCCUAAAUCAAAUACCCUGGGUCAAGAAAGGGCAAGAAGAGGCUCUGGGGAGGGAACGGCAUGUGCUAACCCUCCGCACAAGGCUCAAAGGACGUGUGGUUCCCAGUCGCAGAGGAGGAAGAAGAGCAUCUAAGACACUCUCCACCCAGGAAUUUGGGAGCAAGAAUAGGAUUCAACCCCCUGCGUUUAUUAUCUAUCACAGUGUAACAAGCGUCCACUGGAGCGGCUAACGCACCGCACACUUUAUUAUCUCAGAUUCUCUGGGUCAGGAACUUCAGGGUCUCUACUCUUGAGCUGCAGGCAUGGUGUUGGCUCGGUGUUGGGUGGGACUCUCAUCCCAGCCCUGACUAGAGAAUCUUCCUUCAGGUUUACAUGGUUGUUGGCAGAAUUCCAGCUCCACGAGGGCUAAUGGGCUGAACAUCACGGUGCCUAGCUGGCUGUUGGCCUGAAGUCACCCUCAUGUCCUCCACCCCCAGCUUGGCAACUUGCUUCCCGAAGCCAGCGGAAGUCACAACCUGAAGUAACCUUAUUGUGGAAGUGACUGGCCACCACUUUUGCUUAUUCUGUUCACUAGAAGCAAACUGAUGGGUCCCACCCACAGCCAAGUCAGGGCUUCCUGCAGGGCUUGCCGGGCGGAUAUCGCCGGGAGACGUGGAGGAAGGGGCCCGCCAGACCCAGGUCCACUGUACCUCAAAACUCUCUGUAUUUGCUGUCACGUCAAGCUUAAUCUGUAGGCAAAACUUCGUGGGUUCAGACAGCCAUGCCUGGCAAGCGACUGAAGGAGUUUGGGGGACUGUUCAACCAUGGCGUGAAAAGGGCACAGAUACCCCGUCAGCACAGUGACCCACGAUGACCCUUUCCCCUCCCAUCAGCCACACAUUCGUCUAAAACUCUGUUCACCUCCCACGUGGUAAAUGGACGACGUGGUCUGAAGAUGAAAUCAGAUCCUCCUUCUACUCUCUGCCCUUGGACAUGGGUCUGUCUUUUCCCCUUUUGGAAACCACUUCCCAGAAGCAAAGAGGACGGCUGAGUGUUGAGGGCAGUGAAGCCUUCGGAGUCCUAGGCCAGGGAAUGGGAGGCCUGCUUCCUGCAGACCCGCCUCAGAGUCUAACCUCUCACUUGGAGGGAUAGAAAAGAGGCACAGUCCAGAGCUGUGCUAGUCAGUGGAGGAGCCACUGGUCACAUUGUGUCUCCUGAGCAUAUGAAAUGUGACUAAUCCCAGUCCAGAUUUACUAUAGGUGGGUGUGAUUGGCUGAAUGCCAAGAUAACCCCAAUGACACUUGCCUCUCUAUAACCUCCUCCUCUUUGAGUAUAGACAAAACCUGUGACUAUGCAUUCUCUAGCACAAGGGAGAUUGCCCUGGGUGGGCCUGGCCUGAUCUGGUGAAGACAUCAGAAGCAGAGAUUUUCUCUGUCUGGUUACAGAAUAGAAGUCAGCAAGCACCAUGCUGUGGAGAAGCUAUGGGGCUAUAUGUCAAGAAGUACAGGCAACCUCUAGGAUCUGAGAUGAUAGCCAGCAGACCAUUAGGAGAAAAAAGGGGAUCUUAGAUCGGUAACCACAAUGAAAUCAAUUCUGCCAACAAUAUGUGAGCUUGGAAGAGAACCUUGAAUACACAUGAAAACUUCAACCCUGGCUGACGCCUUAGCUUCAGCCUGGUGAGACCCUGAGUUGAGAAUUCAGCCAAGCUGUGCCCAGACUCCUGACCUAAUAAGAUGAUGAUAAAUUUGUAUUUGUAUAAAUUUGUUUGAAGCUACGAAAGUUGUGCUAAUUUCUUACAAAGCAAUAAAAAAUAGUUCACUGAAUUUCAAAGACUUAGUACAAAAAUGAAAAUGUA